GCCAUGGAUCAGAAUUCCCUUGUAUCUGCCACUGUGAUCCCUGACAUCAUUCUGUGUCCAGGCUGUAGUGGGCGGGGCACCUGUAAUUUUGACAAUGUCAUCCCACAGGAACAACCCUCCUUCUUUCUUGUAGAGUGUGAAUGUGAAACAGGAUGGACAGGUCCAACAUGUAAUAUGGAUGAGAAUGGUUGCCUUGGUAAUCCGUGUAACACAAGCUCAGACUGCCAGGAUCUGACCCCCUCUGUCCAGAGGUCCCGGGGACUGACUUAUCAGUGUUCUGCCUGUCCUGUGGGCUACACCUUGUCUAGCUCUCUUAAGUGUAUUGAUAUUGAUGAGUGUGCCCUACACACCAGUCAAUGCAGUCAGAGAUGUGUCAACACAGAUGGGUCUUUUGUUUGUGAGUGUGAGACGGGGUUCAGAUUACAUGGUUACCAGUGUGUAGAUGUUGAUGAAUGUAGAGAGAGGACAAGUGGUUGUGAGCAUCAGUGUGUAAACACCCAGGGGUCCUACUACUGUGUCUGUUCUACAGGGUAUCAGCUACACACAGACAGACAGACUUGUUUUAAAGCCUCUGUAGAACCUCCUUGCGUUGUUAGACAAUGUCCCCAGGGAUGUAGAAUUAAUAGCACAGGAGAACCAGAGUGCUUCUGUUACCUUGGUUACAGAAUGAAGGCAGACUCAUCUUGUGAAGAAAUUGAUGAGUGUCUUGAUGCACCUUGCCCACACAGCUGCCAGAACACUAAUGGGAGUGUGGAGUGUGGAUGUUAUGAUGGAUAUACUAUUCAGUCAGACCACAGAUCAUGCAAGGCUUGUGACCUUGAUCACUGGGGACAGAACUGUGAGAUGUCAUGUGACUGUACCCAUCAUGCCUUGUACUGUAACAAUGUGAUUGGCUGUGUGUGUAAGCCUGGCUGGUCUGGGAGGUUCUGUGACAUUAACAUCAAUGAGUGUGAGGAUGUCAGCCUGUGUCAGUCCCCUGAAGUCUGUACAGACACCUAUGGAUCAUAUGCCUGUAUUUGUGAAAAUGGCUACCAGAGGAAUACCAGUACAGGACUUUGUGAAUAUUCCAGUGCUUGCAAUACCUGGGCUCUGAAUGCCUGUACAGUAGAUGAAGUUUGUGUAGACACUACAGACAAUUAUACCUGUGUGUGUGACAAAGGGUAUAUAAGGGUUAAUGGCACUUGUCAAGAUUUGGAUGAGUGCUCUGAUAUGUUACACAAUUGUCAACAUGAUUGUGUAAAUACAAUUGGAAGCUACAGAUGUACAUGUAAAACUGGAUACAACUUACAGAUCAGUGGAAGAGAGUGUCUUUCUGAGGUGUCUAACCCCUGCAGAAGUAGUAACAAGUGGAACUUCUGUGACCAUACCUAUGGGGGGUGUACUGUGGAUGGAGGAGGAAAUCCUGUAUGUUUCUGUAGGGCUGGUUACUCUCCUAUACAAAAGGAUAAUUUCACUCUCUGUAAUGACCUUCAGGAAUGUUGGAUGGGUAUAUCUGGCUGCUCUCACAGUUGUUCGAAUACCUGGGGUGGAUUUAUCUGUGAGUGUCCCAAAGGAUUCACACUGGACACUGAUAGGAAAACUUGUAUCAGUUGUGCUGAUAUGGGAAAAUGGGGAGAUAACUGCACAAAUUCCUGUGGCUGUGGACGUGGUGCCUUAAGAUGUGACCCUGUGACUGGUUGUGUGUGUAAACAGGGCUGGACUGGUCUCCACUGCUCACAACAUGUUGAUGACUGUAGUAACACCUCAUGUGGUACUCAUCAGAAAUGUGUUCAUGUCAACUUCACUCGUCUGUGUGUCUGUGAAGACGGUUUCCAAAGAGACUCCAACAAUCUGUGUCAAGAUAUUGAUGAGUGUUCUACUAACCAACACCUUUGCACACAGAGAUGUAUUAACACAAAAGGAAGCUACAGGUGCUCCUGUACUGAUGGGUUCCAACUCAGAUCAGACAACAGCACUUGUGAAGAUGUUGAUGAGUGUACACUAGAGACAUCAGACUGUCAACAACAGUGUCUUAACACAAUAGGAGGGUACUACUGCUUCUGUUAUGAAGGAUUCUAUCUGACUGGUUCCAAUCAGUGUAUUAAAGAUUUGUCUACCUCCCCCUGUGUUGCCACGGGUGAUUCCUGUCAAUAUGGAUGUAGAGUGGAGGGAGGACUAGCUUUCUGUUUCUGUCCUAACGGCUAUACACUGAACACUGACAGGACAACUUGUUCAUAUGUUAAUUCAACAGUAAAUGUACAGAUGAAGACAAAUAUCUAUUUCCAAUCUGACUACUAUAACCCUUCUUCACUGAUCUACAAAAAUCUUAAGGAGGACAUGGAAACUGAGACACAGUCCUUUUUUGUAAACAUGCAGAAUUUGAAGUCUGUCAAGAUUUUUAGAAUAAGUGAGAGCAGUACUGUGUUUGACAUACAAGUGAAGUUUAACACAAAUGUCACAGUGGAGUUGGAAGCACAGUUGAGUACAGUUCUACAGAACAUUUACCAAACAGGAGUACAGUUACAGGGAACAAAAUAUGCUGUACUAGAAAACCCAGUUACAUCAGUACCUUAUAAACCCGCCCCUUGUUUAUUUUGUCUAUCCACUGAAAAGUGUCAUAUCCAGGUGAAUUACAACUAUGUUUGCAGACCAAUUUCAGUAAGCACAACAAAUGCAGUUCCUCUGAAAAUAACAUUGGCUCUGAGUUAUGAACCAUUUAUGGCAGAUAGAGUUGAUAUAAAGUAUGCUGUGUUCGAGAACUCUGUUAUUUCAACUCUUAAUGGAAUAUUGAACCUUCCAGUGGUAGACAGAAUCCAGUUAUCAACAAUAUCUGCUUUAUCCACUGGAACAAAAUUACAUGUGACAAUCUUCCUGAAAACUUUAACUGACCCAGAUUUUGUGACCUUGAUUGCUAGAAGAGUCAAUGAGAGAAUAGACACUGUAGGGUGCAUAACUCUUGGUGGUAAAUGCAUCCCUUUGUUAAAGAAUACAGACAUCUUUGAUGGAACACAAGAAGUUCCAGUGGUAUGCAAGACUUGCUCAGAAAAUGCCACCUGUAUAACUGAUUCUCAGAGCUGGUGGAUAUGUGUGAUUGGAAGUACGACUGUAAUUUCCCCAACAACAACUGUGUCCACAACAACCAGAACAUCAACAGUUGCUGCAGUUUCAAGCACUCUCAGAAUAAUCACAGAGGACAAACAGAUACUCGUGGGGGUAGGGGUAGCAGUACCCCUGGGGGUCCUUUUUAGUACCUUAAUUAUUGUUCUUGGUGUACUCCUCUGCAGGAAGUGGCAUCACUGGAAAAUACAAAGGGAAAGAAUUCAGAACUACACUAUUAGCCCACAGUAUAGGAAUCCUGCAAACAGAGAUAGGGUGGCCUUUCAACAACGUAUAGGACCCAUUAGACCACCUCAUGCACAGAUAAGACCUACUCUACACAAUGGUAUACCACCCAGCUACCCACGUAUCUAUCCUGUCUUGCACCACCUACAAGACAAUCAUCGAUCUGGACGCACAUUAAGAAAUAAGGACAAUUUUGCAUUACAACGUCCUUUGGUUGAUCAGAGACCCAGUCAAAUAUACAACUGAUUACUCCCAGGACUUGGAAAAAGGGAAAUGGUGAAUGGUGUACAUUUCGAAAUCAGUUCUUCAAGUUUUGAAUGUGCUCCUCAUUUGUGUCCAGGAAUCAAGCAUGAAUCAAAUUAAUCAUGAUUUAUCAUCUGUCAUCAUAUUUCUGUACAACUGUACCAUUCAUACUCAUCAGAGUGUAUAAUUAUAGUUUAGCAUAAAUUGUAAUAUUAUGUACAUACAUGUUGUUUGCAUUUUUAUGUUGUUUAUUUAAUGUCUCAAAUUGCUCAUGUUGAUUUAAGAUGUACUUUUGGGUCAUUUACA